UUUUUUCCUUUUAUUAAUAAAAAUUCAAUCCAUUUUCUCUUCCCGUUUCAAGCACAAACCCAAUCCAAAACCCAAGCGUGGUGGUUUGUGUACGAAACCAAUUUUUGAUUUUUCAUCCAAAUUACUAGGUAACAGUUGUGAAUCUUCUAAGAGGUUCUGUCAUUUCCUUUGAUUUAGUGACUUUUGCCUCAAAAGUAACUAGUUGAUAUCAACCUAUAGCUCUGUUGUUGUUGUUGUCAAAAUGUUCGGGUUUUUGAAAUCGCCUGCAAAGAUUGCUAAGCAAAGCUCUGUAGACCCAGGAUCUCUUGAUUCAGAAACCCAAUCUAAUGAGGCUAAGAUUACCCCAGCGAGACGAACUACUUCUGAACCCGUGCUCAUCACCCCAGAUUUUGGUAAUGAGAAACCCGGUAAGCCUAGUACAAGAGGGACUUCUCCUGCUUCAUACAAGAACGAUUUUCAUGACUCGGGAGGGCUAGAGAACCAGAGUGUGCAAGAGUUGGAGAAAUAUGCAGUGUACAAGUCUGAGGAGACAACACAGAGUGUCAACAAUUGCCUGAGGAUUGCUGAGGACAUCAAGGGGACUGCUACAACCACGCUUGACACGUUGCAUCAGCAGGGUGAUCAGAUUACAAGGACACACAUGGCGGCUGUCGAUAUGGAUAAGGAUUUGAGCAAGGGUGAGAAGCUUUUAAACGGACUUGGGGGCAUUUUCUCAAAGCCUUGGAAGCCAAAGAAGACCAAGGAGCUUAAAGGCCCUGAAUUGACAGCAGAUUCAGCUACAACCAAUAAACGUGCAAGUAAAGAGCAGAGGGAAAAGUUGGGUUUAUCUCCUGCGCCCAAAGGAAGCCGGUCAGCUCCUGAGACACCCCUUCCUGAAGGAUCAAGUGCCAUUCAGCAAAUCGAGGCUGAGAAGGCAAAGCAAGAUGAUGCUCUCUCAGAUCUAAGUAAUAUUUUGGGGGAUUUGAAGGGAAUGGCUGUGGACAUGGGAAGUGAACUCGAGAGGCAAAACAAAGCUAUGGAUCACCUCUCUGAGGAUGUGGAUGAGCUCAACUCUCGAAUGAAAGGUGCCAAUCAACGAACUCGACGCCUGCUAGGCCAGUGAAAAAUCAACAAAAGCGAAAAUUGGGAGGCUUAUUACGAGACCAACCUACAGAAAAUUUGCACAUAACUCUGGAUUACUUCUCAAAU